GGAAAAACGAAAAGAGUAUCCAAUUAUCCAUUCCAAUUUCCAUUAUCUUCUUCAACCAAUUUUUCUUCUCACCUUUCCCUUUGGUCAUCAGUCGUCACCAUGAUCCGUUCCCAAAACGGUUGCACCAAUACUCACAAGAGACCUUUCGCACUCGAUUCUUCCUCUUCCAAUUCUAAUCCGAUCAAGAAGAAGAAGCCAACCGCAACAGCAACCGCCUCCGCCUCCGUUCUAUUUACCCACUUCGACUCGCCCCUCCUCUCAUCCCUAAACGGCGUCGUUUCCACCCCCGACUCCAUCAUCCUCCAUCCGGACUCCCCCUACACCAUUGGCCGCACUCCCCGCCACUGCGAUUUCUUCUUCCGCCACCGCCACGUCAGCAAGCGCCACUGCCAGAUCCUCUUCGAUGGUUCCCUCCGCAAACUUUACAUCCUCAAUGGAGUUUUUCUAUCCUGCAAGGGUUCUAAAACCCGUGUCGUUCACGAGUUCAGGAAAAGGAUGAUGUCGUUUAGAGCCGGCGGCAGUGGCGGUGGCGGGGAAGAGGCUUUCGCGUUUCGAAAAGCUUCCAAUGGAGUUUUCGUGAACGGUGUCGAGAUCGGUAAGGGAACGGCCGUGGAGUUGUCGGUUGGAGACAAGGUCUCACUGGUGUGUGGGAACGAUGAUUGUUCGUGUGGAAUUGGGAACCGGGUAGGGUUUUUAGUUCAAAGAAUCGUUUUCGAAAAUCGGUUUCGUGAAGGGUGUGACGACGAUGAUGAAAUUGAUGGGUUAACAUGCUCGGGGCACUCACAAGGGAACAGGAACAAGAGGGUUCUUGCUGUUAGGGCAAAUGGGUUGCGUUCCAAUGUGUUUUCAAGAUAUGAGCGAGUUGUUGAGAGGGCGAAAUUUAUUUUAGAGAGGUGCAGGGAAAUCUUGCUUAGGGAUGAUCCAGUGUCUUGCAUUUUUCGAGCUGUGUCGGAUACACAGUUCGGAUUGAAGUGUGAUCGUGGUGGCAGUUCGGUGAACAGCAAUGUUUCUGGCAAUGAUGUUAGAUUGUUGGUGAAUGCUGAAGAGCAAUUUGACUGUGACAAGUCACAAAGGAUGAACUUUACAGUGGAAGAUAGAACUAAUGACUUAGCACAGUUGAGUUCGGAGGCUCUUUGUGAAGGUAAAGGGGUGGCCGUGGAAGCUGAAAGUGAUGAACUUCAUCAGCAUGUUUUUCAUAAAGGGAUUUUGGAUGAUAAUGUUGAUAAGAUACCCUUGAAUUCAGUAGGGGUGGAAGAUAUUCCUUCUGAUAGGUACAAAGGGGGAAAUAAUGGAGGCAUGUUUCAUCCUUCGCCUGGGAAGAACUUUUACCUGAAUCGCCUUCAAUUUUCGGAACAUGCUUCCUCAGAACUUCAGCAUUCCAUAUCUCUCCCUGAACUUCUGUAUCCUGUUGAAAGCAUUUCAAGGAUGUUCAUUGCAACAUUUACAAGUGACAUAAACUGGUUCUUGACAUAUUGCAAGAUUCCUUUUCAUCUGCCAGUUACGGUUGCUUGUCAUAACACUGAGAGGUGUUGGAGUUCAAGACCUAAUGAAAGAGUAUUUGUGCCCUACCCGGAUUAUCCUAACCUAGUUGUAGUUUAUCCUUCAUUUCCUGAAACCAUAGCAUUUGGUAGUAACCACAAGAGACAGGGGAUUGCUUGCCAUCAUCCAAAGUUGAUUGUUCUGCAAAGAGAAGAUAAUAUAAGAGUUAUCAUUACAUCUGCAAAUUUGGUGGAAAAGCAGUGGAACAGUGUGACUAAUACUAUUUGGUGGCAAGAUUUCCCUCGUGCUGUCUCAGCUGAUUUUGCAUCACUUUUCCCAAAAUCGGAUGAAGAAACUCAGAGAGAUUCAAAAUGUGAUUUUGCUGGACAUUUGGCUGGGUUUAUGGCAGCUCUCAUGAUUGAUAUACCCAGCCAAGCCCACUGGAUUACCCUGUUGACUAAAUAUGACUUUGGAGGUGCAACAGGACAUCUUGUUGCUUCAGUACCUGGGAUUCACUUCUACAGAACUUUGAUCAUGCCUGAAUCUUUCCAGUCCAAUCUUUUUCUUGGUUCAGUUGUGGCAUCUGUGGUUGGUUUGAGCCAUCUUUUCCGCUCUUCAGUAGAUUCAAAAAGUGCAAGACUUAAAGCACUGGCUACUUUCUACCCUAAAUUUGUAUUUCAUUUGCAUUGCUUUUCUUUCAUUUCUGUCAAUAACCAUUAUGAUCUUUAAUUUUCCUUUCUUUUGUUUUUGCCCUUUUCCAUAGAUUAUGUUCAGCUUGGUUUUCUGCCUAGAAAUGUAGCAAAAUGGGUUUCUCCUCUUUGGGAUGCUGGAUUCCUCAGGUUUUCUGGUUACGUUUGUCCCAAAGAGGCCCUUGCAGCUGCCUUAGGAGAAAAUCCAAACAAAGUACAACUGAUUUUAAAUGUGUCACGGGGGAAUCAUUUUCAAGAUACAUCAAAGAUGAUGGAAUCUGAGCACAUUGCUGCUUUUGGAUCACUCAUUGCUUCUAUCCAAAGAUGCUAUGGCCUAUGGAGAUUGCAAGAGGUUCUGAAUCGAUAUAAGUGGCCUGAGUCAUUAGAGUCUGAUAUUAUAUAUGGUGCAUCUUCUAUUGGUUCAUCUGUCAAUUCAAAAUUUCUUGCUGCAUUUUCUGCUGCUGCUGGGAAGAAAUCAUUGCAACAUUUUGAUUCAGAAGAGUCUGAUCCUGAAUGGGGCUGCUGGAAUGCGAGGGACGAAUUGAAGAACCCUUCUGUUAGGAUCAUUUUUCCCACUAUUGAAAGAGUGAAGAAUGCAUAUAAUGGGAUUUUGCCUUCAAGACGCAUUCUUUGCUUCACCGAGAGAACAUGGCAAAGGUUGAAGACUUUAGAUAUACUUCAUGAUGCUAUCCCUCAUCCCCAUGACAGAAUAGGACACCCGAUGCAUACCAAGGUGGUUAGGAGACGCUUCUGGUCUAAGAGUAAAAGGGAUGCACCCUCCAUUGGUUGGGUAUAUUGUGGGUCUCAUAAUUUUAGUGCAGCUGCCUGGGGACGACAAAUUUCGAAUCCAUUUGAUACCAAAUCCGAUGGACCUCAAAAAGGGGACCCUUGUUCGAAUGCUGGACUUCACAUUUGCAAUUACGAACUUGGGAUUAUUUUUACUUUCCCUCCUACUGAAGAAAAUACGGAUUGUCCUCAAGUUAAAAGCACAAGAUUAGAUGAUAUAGCUCUGCCAUUUGUGUUGCCUGCUCCUAAAUAUGGAUGGAGAGAUAGGCCAGCUACAAUGCAGGCUAUGAAGGAGGCGAUGGCGGAGCUCAAUGAGCACGAGAGGUUGAAACUUGCAGAAGAAGAAAUGUUGGAGGAGGUUGUUGAGGAAGAGGAAGAAGUGGAAGGAAAUGAUUAUGUUGGUGGUGAGGAGGAGAAGGAGGAGGAGAAGGCAUAUGCUGAGAUACUGUGGAGCCAGGUUGAUUCUUCCGAGAGCACUUGAAAGAAAGCAGGGACUAUUACUGGGCAUUGAUGUAUAGAUAGAGAGCCCAGUGGUGCAAGUCUGGUAAUUGGGCAUGAAUAAUAGGAGGAUUGAAGAGCAAGGCAGUUGUUGAAGUGAUAAGGAUGUUCCCAUAGUAGCAACAAAGGAUGUAAUCUUAUCCCGUACGUGUGGUAUUUUACAACACCAACUCCCCGUGUUUCAAUCAGCGGCAUGCAGUUAUUAUUGUGGCAUCACGGAAUAGCAACUGCCAACUAGCAAGGCAUGACAUGAAGCCAUGACUAUGCUAAGCAGAGAGCUCCAUCACUUCGCUCAACAAUUGAUACCUAAUCAAUAUUUAUUCUUUUUUAGUCUACCCUUUGUUUGUGUUUCAUAUUUUAGUGUCAAAGUGAUUUAUAAUUUGAGGAUUAUUUUAAGUAUUUAGCUCAUUUGUGUUAAA